CACAGCAUAGAAAGGAUGGCCACCAACACCCAAGAGUAUAUCUUUAGAUCCAAGCUGCCAGAUAUCGAGCUUGAGAAUCACUUGCCUCUCACGGAGUACCUGUUCCAGCGCCACCAGGGGAAGGCUUCGAGCCGCCCCUGCCUGAUCGAUGCCGAGGCGGGCAGAGUUCUCAGCUAUGGCGACGUGGAUCUUCUCGCGCGGCGCGUUGGCGCGGGGCUGUCGUGCCUCGGCAUCCGCAAGGGCGACGUCGUCAUGCUCCUCCUCCCGAAUUGCAUCGAAUUCGUGCUCGCGUUCCUUGGCGCGGCGAGAAUCGGCGCCACCGUCACCACCGCCAAUCCACUGUGCACGGCCAGCGAGAUUGAGAAGCAGGCCAGCGGCUCCGGUGCCCGGAUGAUCGUGACGCACGCCGCGCAGAUCGACAAGCUCGACCGCCUCCUCCACCAGGAAGAUCGAGAGCGCGAAAUAUGUGUAAUGCUGGUGAGCGAUGGCUUCGAUCCCAUCAAGGCCGUGGCGAAGAGCGCCGAUCGCUCCAAUGUGAUGUUCUUCGCAAGCGCGCUGCUCCAGGCCGAUGAAUCCGAGUGCCCGGAGGUGGAGAUCGCGGCGGAUGUGGACGUCGUGACGCUGCCAUUCUCGUCGGGCACCACAUCGCUGCCCAAGGGCGUCGAGCUGACGCACAAGAAUCUCAUCACUUGUAUCGCGCAGCUCGUCGAUGGCGAGAACCCUAAUCUCUUCCUCCAUGGCAACGAUCGCAUGCUGUGCGUUCUUCCCCUCUUCCACAUCUACUGCCUCAGCUGCGUCCUCUUCGCGUCCCUCCGCGCCGGCGCCGCGAUCGUGGUCAUGCGCAAGUACGAGAUCGGCGCCAUGCUGGGAGCGAUCCAGCGCUUCCAGGUCACGGCGGCGUGCCUGGUGCCACCGAUUCUCCUGGCGCUGGCCAAGAAUCCCGUCGUCGGCGACUACGAUCUCUCCUCGCUGCGAUUCAUCAUGUCCGGGGCUGCGCCGCUGGGCAAGGAGCUGGAGCGAGCCAUCGGCGACAAGCUCCCCGGCGCGAUCAUCGCUCAGGGAUACGGGAUGACCGAAGCCGGCCCUCUCAUCUCGAUGAGCCUGGCCUUCGCCAAGACGCCAUUCGCGAUCAAGUCGGGCUCUUGUGGCACGAUCGUGCGCAACACCGAGGCCAAGAUCGUGGACACCGAGACGGGCGAGUCGCUGGCGUAUGGCGUGUGUGGCGAGAUUUGCCUCCGCGGCCCCCAGAUCAUGAAGGGCUACCUCCGCAAUGUGGAAGCCACCAUGGCGACCAUCGACAAGGAGGGAUGGCUCCACACCGGCGACGUGGGAUUCAUCGACCGCAACGAGGAGCUCUUCAUUGUGGAUCGCGUCAAGGAGCUCAUCAAGUUCAAAGGGUUCCAGGUUGCGCCAGCGGAGAUCGAAGCACUCUUGGUCUCGCAUCCACGGAUUUGUGAUGCUGCGGUCGUGGGCAAGAGCGACGAAGUGGCUGGGGAGUUACCGGUCGCGUUCGUGGUGCGAAGCCCCGGCAUUUUGCGCGUCUCGGAGGACGACGUCAAGCAAUUCAUUGCGAAACAGGUCGUGUUCUACAAAAGGUUGCACUCUGUCAUCUUCGUGGACUCUAUCCCCAAAUCUGCCGCUGGAAAGAUUCUGCGGAAGGUCCUCAAGAGCGCGCUCUCGACAAACUAGUUUAUCAUCGAGCCAUGGAUCGCCAGCUUUUGACUUUGCACAGAAUCAGCUCGAGCUUUUGACAUAUGUUCCAUUAUACGAUAUGUGGAAGGCUAUGGUGGGCGAUGAAACGAUUGACUUCACAGUGUAGGUGGCCGCUCCAGCAGUCAGUCCUUCACUGUAUAUAUUGUAGAACUUUCCAAUCACUUGAAUCAAACAAGAGCCCAGGAA